GAUUUCCACCCUGUGGAACUUGCGGCACAUUUUCUUCUCUCCGGUUCGUUGGAUAGCUUACAUGAGACGUUUCUGCUGUUGCACGAGUCCCAGAAAAUUCUCCUCACACGAUUGCAUCUCAUUGAGACUCGUAUGACCAAAGUGCUGGAAAACCUAGACUCGUCCGAACUUGACUUGGCGGGUGUUCAAACACGCGUCAAAAAUAUACGCAAGAAACUUCAAAAUUGUGCCGUCUUGGUUGACAAAGUUGAAGCAAAAUUGGAAACACUUGAAGACUGA